AGUUGAUUAGUUGAAAGUAGGUGCUCAAUUCCCAUUGGCGUUCUGUCAUGUGCAGGCCUGACGUAUUGAGCACAGUCAGAUUGGAGGGUGGUGAAAUACUCAAAUCAUAUUGGCGGAGGGAUUCAUUUGGAAAUCCCAAUAAAGGUGAAAUGUAAAUGAGUGGUCAGUAGGAAGGCCCAUUUGGGAAACUAAGGGAUUGGUGGAACGACAAAGUUCAAGAAGUAUGGAGAAGAGGAUAAAAGCAUCUGGAAAGGGGAGUUUGGGGCGCUUGAACGGAGCAAUUCCCGGAAAUUGGUAAGUGAUGCGGGUUGUAUGUGUUGAAGAGAAAUUAAAAAACGAGUUACACAAUGUAACUGGCUGGCACUCCUGAAGAAUUGUAUGAAUUGUCAUAACUAAGGGUCAUGUUCAGUUAUUUUACAUUUAAUUUGUACCAUCCCAUUUGUAUUCGUCUCGAAUACUUUCUAAAUUGUGCUAACUUAUCCAUUCCAUUAGCCUACAGGGAACUGAAUGUAAUUUUCAUAAAUGGUAAUUAAACAAUAAUUAAAUAAAUGAGCGCAACAAUUGUAAUCACGAAUCAAUUACAUGCCUACUUGAGUAAAAACCGUAUUGCCCUUACUACAUCGUCUAGACAAAUAUCCCUUGUUUAGUUUUAUAGACAGACCAUAAGGGCAAGUGCUGUUAGCAAGCAUCUAUAUUCGUACUGGUUUAUAGGCCGGUGAGCAACCACUCUGCCACCAUUCCCCCACUAGGUGACGGUAAUAUCUAACACACAUGUGCAUGCGCAAAACAGUUUUUCCCACUUGUUUAAUCCUGAAAAAUACGUUGUACGUUUAGCAUGGAAGUUACAGGAGCUGGUUCCUCUAUUUGUUACCACAAAAACACUUGCACAACACCUUCCGUCACGCGAGCUGUAUGACUCUCACAGCAGUGGGCCCAACACAGCCACACUGGUUACACUGGAUCAUCAGAGACAACUUCAACUCGGCUACAAUGAUGGGAGCACGGGCACGAUCUUCCAUCACCUUCGUCCUCAUGCUCCAUGCGAUCUACCUGCCAGGAACAUUCUGCCUCCAUGUGACCCAACCUGACACGUGCGUACUGGCAAUGGAGGGCGAGCACACGGAGAUCGCUUGCUCUUAUGUUCUUGAUAAAUCAAACAAUAGUGUGAAUUUCAAAAAUGCGGGCUCCAUGUUGUGGGAACGCAAGCAGAACACCAAAAACUCCAAAAAAGACCUUGUCCUGGACUACCAGCGCGAACACCGCACUGUCAGAUGGGGCCAAAACUACAAGGAUGUGGCGAAAAUACCGAACGCCACCUCAGACAGUAGUUGUACGUUAGUCCUGCAACGAGUGGCCAUUGAGCACGAGGGCAUCUAUACCUUCACGCUGUACGCACCUGACGGGAAGACGGUCAUGGCACAUGGUGAUGACACAAAGCUAUUAGUGAGAGCAAGCAAACGGGAAGAUGAUGAUGACUCGGGGGAAUACGUCAUUCUGAUCGUGCUUGUUGUGGUGUUACUGGUGUACAGCCUGGCCACUACUACCCUGACUAUAGCUCUCUGGCUCAAGGUUCGAUUGCCGUUGCGGAUUGCUCAGCCAGCUCCUGAAGCUUUUCCCCCCUCAAGUUCAACAGAGAUUGACACUCCGCACACAUAUACGUCACUGAAUGCUUCCACUCCGCAAACGUACAGUGAUCUGAACGACCUCCCUCAAGAAGAACUAAGCCCACGUCAAGCCAUAGCCACUGCUGUAAAGAAGAAAGAUCUCAAGAAAGUAAGGUUGCAGAUGGAAGUGAAAAAGUCUCCAAUUUAUGAGAACAUCAAGGGCAAGACGUCACCCAAGUAAUGGAGCUUUCAACAACAACAAAAAAACAAGAUUUAUUUUUGGCUUUCCAACUAAGGUUGUAAGUUUUAAUGCAUUAUUUCUGUCUGUCCAUAGGAGGAGGGGGGGGGGG